GCUCCGACGACGCGCGCCGGGGAGAGCGAGGGCCGUAGCGAGAAGCGAGGAGCGAGAAGCGGCGCUGCGCUUGGCGGCAGCUGCUGCCGGGCUGGCUGGCUGGCGGAGAUCUGCCAGCAGCUUCCGGCCAUGUCGUAUCCUCAGGGUUACUUGUAUCAGCCGUCGGCUUCCUUGGCCCUCUAUUCCUGCCCGGCGUACAGCACCAGCGUGAUCUCUGGCCCCAGGACGGAUGAACUGGGCAGAUCGUCGUCCGGCUCGGCUUUUUCCCCGUACGCCGGCUCGACCGCCUUCAGCGCUCCCUCGCCCGGCUACAACUCCCACCUCCAGUACGGCACGGACCCGGCGGCGGCGGCGGCCGCAGCUGCCUUCUCCUCUUACGUGGGCUCCCCCUACGACCACACCCCCGGCAUGGCGGGGUCCUUGGGGUACCAUCCGUACGCCGCACCCCUGGGCUCCUACCCCUACGGGGAUCCGGCGUACCGAAAGAACGCGACUCGGGACGCCACCGCCACGCUGAAGGCCUGGCUGAACGAGCACCGCAAGAACCCCUACCCGACCAAGGGCGAGAAGAUCAUGCUGGCCAUCAUCACCAAGAUGACCCUCACCCAGGUCUCCACCUGGUUCGCCAACGCCCGCCGGCGCCUCAAGAAGGAGAACAAGAUGACCUGGACGCCGCGGAACCGCAGCGAGGACGAGGAGGAAGAAGAGAACAUCGACCUGGAGAAGAACGACGACGAGGAUCCAGCCAAACUGGAGGAGAAGGGCGAGCCGGAGCCGGGCCAGCUCGGCACCGGAGACCCGAAAGGCGUCGGAGCCGGCAAAGAAGCCGACGGCGGCGCCUCCAGCGACUCGGAUUGUAAGGAAAGCCCCGAGCAGGCGCUUCCCAAAAGAACCGUCGGCGCCUCGCCGCCUUUGGUGCACUGCGGGCCGGCGGGCCGCCUCCUUCUCCAGGCUCACCACCAGCAGCUGCUGCAUCCCGGGGCCGGCGGCGGCAGCAGCAGCGACGAGCCCCCGCCCGCCCAGUACAGACCCCCUUCGACGGACCUGCACCCGAGCCUGCCUUCCAGCCACGGCACGUCGGUCAUUCACUCGCCCCAGGCGCCUCCGCAGGCGGCCGGCCCGGGGGCGCUUGCGAAGCCCAAGCUGUGGUCCCUGGCGGAGAUCGCCACCUCCGCGGACAAAGCCAAGGAAGCGGGCAGCGGCGAGACGCCCCCUCAGACUCCUUCGGGCUUAAGCGGGUCGGCGCAGUCCCCGACGGCGCGCUCCCCUUCGGCCACGACCUGCCCCUUCCCCAACGGCGCCGCCGCCUCGGUGCUCCCGCGGCCCCUCUAUUACGCCACCAGCCCCUUUUACCCCGGGUACACGAACUACACUUCCUUCGGACACCUGCACAGCAACACGGCCACGGCGGGCGCCCCCAGCCCCCAUUUUAACGGAUUAAACCAGACCCUUUUGAACAGAGCGGAAACCUUGGCGAAAGACGCGAAAAUGCUCCGAAGUCAGAGCCAGUACGAGUUUAGCAAAGACUCGCCUUACGAAGUAAAGAAAGGUAUGUCGCACAUUUAAUCUCCAACUUCUUCCGAACUUAACCUGAGCUCCGAGACGGGACUGGAGGCUGUUCCGCCCUUUCUUUGGGGGAAGAGAAAGCUGCCCCCCUCUCCGCUCUUUCCGUUUUUCCCCACCCCCUUCUGCUUCUUUGUCGUUGGCGGUUUUUCGACAUUUAUUUCCAACCGACCCGGUCUUGAUUUGGGCUUUUUUCACGCUGCCAAAAUGGUGGGGGAAGGGUGGAACAGAAAGAAAGAGAGAGAGAAAGAAAGAAAGAAAGAAAAGAAAAGAAAAAUGAAAAGUCCUGACCCGUUUCCAAAUCAGCUUUAUAAUUUAUUUGAAAACGCAGCUUUUAGAAGUCUUAAACAGAACUGCAAGAUAUGGUGGGUAUGUGGAGAUACACUCGCACACAGGGGAAAGAACAGAUACGAUUUGUAUGAAAUCUUAUUCUGUAUAUUUAAUGUAGCUGUUUUGUAUUUAAAUCGAUUAUACAGUAUCUUUGAAGUAAAUUAUAAAAUCCAACCACCUGUACAGCCAUAAUGUUGGUGUUUGGUUCUCUAUACAUAGUUAUAUAUAUAUAU